AUGAGAGAAGCCAGAAAUGGGGCAUAUCAACAGGUCCAUUCAAGUACUUUGAAGAAACUUGAUGACAUGGGCAAGGAGUUUGAUAAACCUGUGCUCGAAUGGAAAGAGAAAAUUGAAAGUCAUGGAUCACUGUGUGAUAUUCUGUCCAAAUGUGAAGAGUAUAUAGAAGAAAAUGAGGUCAUCAAUCAAGAAUUUGUGCCAAAAGGGUUCCAGACAAUAAAUGUUUCACCACAUAAUUUAUCAUUUCCAUUUACGAAAACGGAGCCUCAAUUAGUGCAAGUUGAUCAUGAAGCAUGCAAUAAGGAUCAUAAUGAAAAUUCCUUGUCUUCUGAGAGUGAAUGUGAACUUUUUUAUCUUGAGAAUCUACCAAUCGAAGCAGAUACACUUCCUCUUAUCCGUCAAAGUGAAAGUUUAAAUUUAAUUACAUUAUCAGGUGAGACACACAAGCAAAACUUCAAAAAAUGGCUAGAUGAAAAUGCUCCCGGAUUUUCAAUUUUAUCAUUUAUCAAAUUGGCAAAUCUUGCAAAAGAAAUAGGGAAAGAUGGGCUAGAUGGUUCUGAUGUCUCAACUUUAAGAAGAAAAUUAGAACUUGAUACACCACCCUUGUAUCAGAUCGUUGGAGAUAAUACUGACCUCUAUGUAAAAACAAAACACAUGUCAAGUGAAAAACAAAACAAGAUUAUCCAUUGGUUUGCUAUGAACGCUGUUCAAGAUCGGGUAACAGGAAAUGCAUUAGACAAUCUAAGACCUAUUAAAUCAAUAAUGAAAAUGGAGAGCAAAGAAUUUCUUCCCUCAUUCCACGAUAAUCAACACCUUCUUCAUGAUUUCAUUCCUCUGUUUGCCAGAGUACUUGUGGACAAAAUACCUGCCAUGCAAAAUUUCAAAUCUGUGGUUGUUAAGCAUAUUCCACAUAAAUAUUCAAAUGAAAUGAAAAAGAAGACAACACAG